UUUACCAACGUGACCGCGUCGGGAACCAAAGCGUGUUUCGUAAACAGUCCCGAGAAGAAUUAAUAUUAGUAAAUUUAUUAGUACUACUUGACCGGACACCUCGACUGACCCUUCUUCAGAACUGCCCGUGUCCUGCGUGUUAGCACUGCUGUCGACCGUUUUAGCACAAUGUCUGGAGGUACCAACGUGCUGUCCCUCAAGGAGGACGAUGUGAGGCGAUUCCUUGCUGCCAAGACUCAUCUAGGCACCACAAACUUAGAUUUCCAAAUGAAGGAGUACUGCUUCAAACGGCGUUCAGACGGCAUUCACCUUAUCAACCUGAAGAAGACGUGGGAGAAGCUGCUACUGGCCGCCCGUGCCAUUGUGGCCAUUGAGAACCCGGCCGAAGUGUGCGCCAUCUCGUCGCGCGCAUACGGACAGCGGGCAGUGCUCAAGUUCGCCAGCUUCACCGGUGCUACGCCUAUUGCUGGCCGCUUCACGCCUGGAACAUUCACUAACCAGAUCCAGGCUGCAUUUCGCGAGCCUCGGCUGCUGGUCGUGUGCGACCCGCGAGCGGACCACCAGCCCAUCACAGAGGCAUCGUACGUCAACCUGCCCGUCAUUGCCUUUUGCAACACGGAUGCCAGCCUCCGCUACGUGGACAUUGCCAUUCCGUGCAAUAACAAGAGCCAGCACUCCAUCGGACUGCUGUGGUGGAUGCUGACGCGAGAGGUGCUCCGCAUGCGCGGAUCCAUCCUCCGCGACAUCCCCUGGGAGAUCAUGGUCGACCUGUUCUUCUACCGCGAUCCCGAGGAGGCCGAGAAAGAGGAGCAGGGGCAACAGGCUUUGCCCGAGCGGGGCCUGAAGGAGACGGUCGAGUACCAGACCGAGCAGUGGGCUGGCGGGGACAUAACUGGAACACAGCCCGACGUCGCGGAUUGGUCCACCGCUGUUGAAGUGCCGACCUUUCCACCGCCUGUCACUGUGGCACCAGUUAUUGCGCCACCCCCGCCCGUGGCUACCCAAGACUGGUCGGCAGCUGCCAUCGAGGACUGGUCAGCCACGCCCGCUGCACCGGUCGGCGGGACCGGCAACGAGUGGGGAGCUGGAAACGACACCAGCUGGAACUGAGUCGAGAAAGGGCAAGGAUGGAGGCCGUGAUCUCGGAGGGAACAAGCUGAAAAACCGGGCUUACGUUUCUCGAGCACGACGUUUCGAGACAUUUUUUUUUUUUUCCGUGGAGCAUCGCAUUAUGACAGUCAUGCACACAACCUUCAAAAAGCAAAACCAAAGAAAGUGCAAUCGGAAGGAGAGCUAUGAGUGUUUAGAAGAUACUUUCAGCUCUCCUUGCUUGCCCAUCAUGUGUUCAUCUAAGUCAUCUCUUAUUUAUUUUUUUAUAUAUAAAAAUAUUUGCGGCCCUGUGAGGAAACAUAUCGUGUGGCGAACUGUGGAUCUGUGGAUGGUUACAGGUGAAGAACGAGGUUCUCGUGCCGAGACAAUUCCAGCUGGUUUCUCCCGAAAUGGAUUCUGUGGAAGCGAAGAAUGCCCGGAUCCGAACUGUGUUCGCGACACACUUGCUGCCAAAGACACGACAAUUACUUCAAACAAAUGGGCAAGCGGGAGGUGGGAAGGGAUACCUUUGAAUGCUUGUCAUUUUUUUCACAUAUCGUUGCAGGGUACAAAGCCUUUAUUCAUUGACAAAUGAAAUGUUUUUCAUUGACAC